AAGUGAAUAUAAUAUAGUGAAAGAAAGAACAGGAAUAGAAUCGGAAAUAUCGCCUCCGGUUAUUGUUUUCCUGUCGGUCUUCUUCUCCAAUUGUACGUUUUCACAAUGCAGACUCUAGGACUCUCUCACCGCAUGACUCCGUUCACCAUUGUCACUAUUUCUCCUAGAAGCUCGAGCUCGCUUAGCUGUGUCAUUACUCCCCAUUGUUGCGCUGUCCAAUCUUCUUCUCUCGUUGGGGAUGAAGAGAAGAAGUUUGUUGAGGCGUCAAGGAAAGGGAACUUAAUUCCGCUACAAAAAUGUAUAUUCUCCGAUCAUUUGACCCCGGUACUGGCUUACCGAUGUUUGGUCCCAAAAGGUGACCAUGAUGCCCCGAGCUUUCUGUUUGAGUCUGUGGAGCCUGGUUUCCGUGUUUCAAGUGUUGGUCGUUAUAGUGUCGUUGGCGCUCAACCAUCGAUGGAAAUAGUUGCCAAAGAGAACAAUGUUACAAUUGUGGACCAUGAGAAGGGAUGUAUUACCGAAAAGGUCGUCGAUGAUCCAAUGACUAUUCCAAAAAGCAUUUCAGAGGAUUGGAGACCUCUACUUAUUGAUGAACUUCCUAAUGCAUUUUGUGGUGGUUGGGUUGGUUACUUCUCAUAUGACACAGUCCGUUUUGUUGAGAAGAAAAAACUUCCUUUCGCUAUGGCACCAAAGGAUGACAGGAAUCUUGCAGAUAUUCAUUUAGGAUUGUAUCAUGAUGUCAUUGUGUUUGAUCAUGUAGAGAAGAAAGUAUAUGCAAUCCAUUGGGUUAAGCUCGACAACUACACUUCUAUUGAGGAGGCAUAUGAGGAUGGAAAUAAACGGCUAGAAAUGUUGGCAUCAAAGGUGCAAGAUGUUGAUCCCCCAAGACUAUCCCCUGGCUCUGUGGACUUGUACACUAACCAUUUUGGCCCAUCUUUGAAGAAGUCAAACAUGACCGGUGAUAACUACAAGAAUGCAGUAUUGCAAGCAAAGGAACAUAUUCUUGCAGGGGAUAUUUUCCAAAUAGUAUUGAGUCAGCGCUUUGAACGAAGGACAUUUGCUGAUCCUUUUGAAGUCUAUAGAGCUUUGAGAGUUGUGAAUCCAAGUCCAUUUAUGAGUUACAUACAGGCUAGAGGCUGCGUGAUGGUUGCCUCAAGUCCAGAAAUCCUUACGCGGGUAAAAAAUAACAAGAUUAUUAAUCGUCCACUGGCUGGUACAAGCAAAAGAGGGAGAACAGUUGAAGAAGAUGAGUUGUUAGAAAUUCAGCUGCUACAGAAUGAAAAACAAUGUGCAGAGCACACCAUGCUUGUAGACUUGGGACGCAAUGAUGUGGGGAAGGUGUCGAAAUCUGGCUCUGUGAAUGUGGAAAAACUUAUGAAUGUCGAACGCUAUUCUCAUGUGAUGCACAUCAGCUCUACUGUUAGCGGUGAAUUGCUGGAUAACCUAAAUUGCUGGGAUGUGCUUCGUGCUGCAUUGCCUGUGGGAACUGUUAGUGGAGCACCAAAGGUGAAAGCAAUGGAGUUGAUUGAUAAGCUGGAAGCAAACAGAAGAGGACCUUAUGCGGGUGGAUUUGGUGGAAUUUCCUUCACAGGGGACAUGGAUAUCGCGUUAACCUUAAGAACAAUUGUUUUCCCAACUGGAGGGCGUUAUGACACAAUGUACUCAUACAAGGAUCGAAAGAAUAGACAAGAAUGGGUGGCUUACCUUCAGGCUGGGGCUGGGAUUGUGGCAGAUAGCGACCCUGAUGAUGAGCAAAAGGAGUGUGAGAACAAGGCUGCGGGUCUCUCUCGAGCCAUUGAUUUGGCCGAAUCAGCCUUUGUUAAUAAAGAUUAGACUCUUUGUUGUUGCAUACCUUGUUUUUUAAACAAAGAAAUCAAUAAACCUGCAUAGGUAUAUAUAUUGUUGCUUCCUGGUUUAUAUAAAAUGGAAUAAUGUUUACAAACUUCAUGAAUCUUCUUGUUCUUUCAUAUUUCCAUUUCUGUGUUAUGCUUCAAGAUUUGGAAACAAAACAUUUUCUUAUAUAUUGACAUAAGAAUUCAAAUA